CAAAACAGGAAAAGAUGGUACAUAGUGUGAUAUACCAUUGGAAAGAUCGUCCAAAGUUAAGUUGAUUGGCAUAUAUCUGACACUUGUCAAUCAAUGUCACAAAUUGCUACAUUGUUGCAAUUAAGGUGCCCGUAUAUAUAAAAAGGCGGCAAUUCAGCAGAUUUUUGAAAACCAGGCAUCAGUAAUGCCAUUCAAGAAAAGUCUGUCAAGAUGGCAACAUAUGUAUCUGAUAGUGAGAUACAACAAUUUGUAGAUAGAGUAAGAUGUGUUGCAUACAGAGAGGCAAUGGACAGUGGUGCAGACUUUAUUUGUAAGAAAUGGAUAGCGAAGAAGAUUAAAAGAUCUGACAAGUUUGUUCAAAGAUGCUGGAAAAAGCCGUAUGAUGAACUUGUUACACAAUCAAGAUGUGGUGCUCCUGAAGUCCUUUCUCCUGCAUCAAAGGAAGUUAUAUGGGAUGGAUCAGCUAAAAAGAGAAAGAGUUGUACUGAAGUGGCCAGAGAUAUCAAGAUGAAGCGUGGCAAGGUGGUGUCAAGACAAUUGGUGCACAAUUAUCGUGUUCGCGAAGGCCUUAAGGCAUGGCACAUUAUUCCUAGACCAUUGAAGAAUGAAUCCCAAAAAGCAGAUCGCCUUUGGUUUAUUAACUUUUUGAGAGAUUGGGAUGAGGAUGACUUCCUCCAUUUGGCUCCUUCUGAUGAGUUUUUUGUGUAUACAAUAAGAAAGCCAAACCAUCAGAAUGACCGUGUAUGGGCUAAACGGCGUGAUGAUUGUAGUGAUUUGCUAGUGCGAGAACAGUUGGCAUGGCCCCAAUGCAUAGGGAUUUUCCUCUUAUUUACGGCAAAGAAGAUGAUGUGGAUUAUUAAAGAGGAUGGUCAGAAAUGGACCGGGGAUUACUUCCGUGAUACAGUUUUAAGGGGGAGGGUAAUACCCUUUCUAAGAAAUCCUCAGAAUGUGAUUGAGCCAUCCCAAGUGACUUUGUUACAUGAUAAGGCCCCUUGUAUGAAGGCAUUGGCUACACAAGAUCUCCUCAAGCAGUCAAAAAUUGACUUUUUUGGGAAUGAUGACUAUCCUAGUAAUAGUCCGGACUGUAAUGCGUGCGAACAUAUGGGAUCCAUAGUUAAGGAUAGAACAGAGGCACUUAUGGAUGAGGAACCCAUAGAGAACAGAAAUUCAAAGGAUGCUUUAUUAAAAAACUUGAAGAAAGUACUAAAAAGUCUUGAAAAUGCACAUGAACUUUUUGACGUUUUGCUUAAGUCAUAUCCGUCUCGUUUUGACGCCAUAAAAGCUGCUGGAGGGGGACAUACCAACUAUUAAAGAAAUCAUCAGAAUAAAGGUAAAUGUCAUCUAAACUACUUGAGAGUUGGUGAGUUAAUGUAACUUUGGAUGAUCUUUCCAAUGGUAUAUCACACUAUGUACCAUCUUUUCCUGUUUUGGCUGUAGGGGGGGGGACGGGACUUAUUUGACACCCUGUAUAAUAUCUUAGAUAGCUUAGAUCUAUGUUAAGAUAUAUAUUAUUGCAGAUUAUUGAAAUGAUAAAAUGAACAACCAACAGUCAGAAUUGAACAGAACUGAUUCUGUGGCCAUCGAGGGGAAUCCCCAUCAGCCUACACGCUUCUUGAACAAGACAGCUUUUCAUUGUUUAUGAUAAACAAAUUUAACAACCAAUAAGAUGACAGAAAGAUUUCCCGGUAUAUUCAAACUUAAAAUUCAAUUUAUUUUGUUAAAGGUGCAGUGUCUGAUAAAAGCACAAUCAGAGUAACCCCCUGCUGUUUUGGCUCUGAUGUAUAAGAAGUUGGUCUAUAAACUGACCAACUUUGAGACUUCACCUA